AUGUGGUUGACCGCGCUUGUUCUGACCACGCUACUCGAAGACGCAGCAUCAACGCCGUGGUGGAACAAUGCCCUGUAUUACAGGAUCCUGGUGGACUCCUUCAAGGAUAUGGAUGGAGAUGGACUUGGCGAUUUGCAAGGCGUUACUAAACAGCUAAGCUAUGUUCGUGCAUUAGGCGCAGACGCUGUCAUACUAUCUCCAAUAUCUUCAAGAAGCAUGGACUGUAGCAAGCCAGGCACCAUGGACUUCGUCGAUAUCGACGAGCGAUAUGGAAACAUAGAACAGUUCACAACACUUAUUGAAAAGGCAAAGAAAUUAGAGCUCAAAGUGCUAGUGACAUUGCCGCUGCAGACGAUCAGUGAGAAUUCCGAGCUGUUUAAUUUUAGCGCCGAACGCAAGGCUGGUUUCGAAAAUAAAGUUAUAUGGAGAGAAGGAUCAACCGAUGAGCAGCCUGUGAAUGAAAUAGGAAUCGAUAAUUGGACUUGGCAUGACGAUAGAAAAGCAUAUUACGCUUCUUCCAGUAAAGAAGUAUUGUUUAACCUGUGUUCUGAAGAACUAGUGACGAUGUUAUCUGACGUGCAAUGUACAUGGUUAAGGCGAAGGGCAUCAGGCGUAUUGUUACAACCUGAUUUCCCUUCAAACAUCGAUUGUGGUGUGCAAUUAAUUGAGAAACUAGUGGUCGCAGCCAUGAGUUGUUCUCGUACUACGAAUAUGGAUGCGCCGGUAAUCCUAGUAGAAACAUCGUUUGGAGCAGAAAUCGGCGUUAAAUACUAUGGAGAGAGCGGUUUGGGUGCUAAUAGCGUAAUAAGUUACGCUUUGGCUGAGACGAAGCCCGCAGCGGGGCUGGCGCUAGCGCUGCACGCUGCGAUACUCUACCCGCCGCAGGAUAUGAACCCGACUUGGAUCACAAGUAUAAGCAACAAAAGUCGAAUAGCAUCACGACAUGGAAGUGAUAUGGUGGAUGCAAUUACUAUGUUGGCCCUUACAUUACCCGGAGCUACUAUAAUUCAACAAGGAGACGAAUUGGGUUCAGUCGAUACUAUCUUGGAGUGGGCUGCUAUCUCCAAAUGCUGGCCAACACAAGGAGUUCCAUCAGCGGCACCUUUCCCCUGGGAUGAUACUCCUAAAGCCAGCUUUACAACAGGAGAACCCUGGUUACCGUUGUCCCCAAAUUACCGAUAUGCUAAUGCGAAGACUGAAUACGCCAAUGAUUUAAGUCAUUUCGGAAUCGUUAGAGUAGCGUCUGCUAUGCGAAACUCAUCUAUUCUAGGACCACAUGUAGAGAUAAAGCGAAUCGGGGACGCGCUCGCAAUACUUAGGUGGGGUGGAUCAGGCUCCCUUUUGUAUAUUUCGAAUUUAGGUCGAGGACAAUCUGAAGUCCAACUUUCAAGGAUACCUGGCCUUCCCACAGAAAUGACGGUAGCUAUUAGCUCUUCUGGAUCAAGUCUUUCGCCUGGAUUUCAUGUUAAUUUAGAUAAAGUAUUGAAAUUAAGUUCUGGUGAAACCGCUUUUUUGGUCGGAUCUCCAAGACAUUGCGGUGGUCCAGGACCAGUUGACAAGAUUGCAAAUAAGUUAUCUGAAGGCUGGCAGAAAAUUAACAAAUAUUUUAGCAGCCUU